AUGAGUACAAAUAGACAUCUGCAGCCCUUAAAUAAUGCUCAGUUGAAUAGAACCAACAUUCCACCCUUGAACAAAACCCCGAUUAAGGGAUCUAUCACUAAACCUGAUGCCAACAAAAAGAAAAAGAGAGAGAAAUUGAGCUCCCUUUGUAAAACACCACCCAGUGUUGUUAAAAACAGACAUGGAAGAGGUUAUAGAAGAGGCCACUUUUUAGGAGAAGGAGGAUUUGCUCGUUGUUUCCAAAUGAAAGACGAUACGGGCCGAGUAUUUGCGGCAAAAACUGUUGCUAAGGCUUCAAUCAAGAAUGAAAAAACUAAAACAAAAUUAUUAAGUGAAAUUAAGAUUCAUAAGUCAAUGUCACAUCCGAAUAUUGUGGAAUUUAUCGAUUGCUUUGAAGAUGACGUUAACGUUUAUAUCUUGCUAGAAAUUUGUCCCCAUCAAUCACUGAUGGAUUUGUUGAAGACUAGAAAAGUUAUAACUGAAUCUGAAGCAAGAUUUUUCAUGGUUCAGACCAUCGGUGCCGUUAAAUAUUUGCACAGAAGAAAAGUUGUGCACAGAGAUCUGAAGUUGGGUAAUAUUUUCUUUGAUCCUCAGAUGAACUUGAAAAUAGGAGACUUUGGUCUUGCAACUAUCAUCAAUUCCUCCCAUCCAAGAAGAUACACAAUCUGUGGAACCCCUAACUACAUUGCACCUGAGGUUUUGGGGGGUAAGGAAGUCGGACAUGGAUUUGAAGUCGAUAUUUGGGCAAUUGGUAUCAUGCUAUAUGCUAUGCUUUUUGGAAAACCACCUUUCCAAGCUAAGGAUGUUAACGUUAUCUAUGAAAGAAUUAAAACCAAUGACUUCAAAUUUCCACCCGAAUCUCUCGUCUCUCUGGAGGCCAGAAAAUUAAUCACUGAUAUGCUUGCUACUGAUCCUUAUCAGAGGCCUACCCUGGAUCAAGUUUUAGAAUACGAUUGGUUUAAAUGUGGAUCAUUUCCAUCUCAUAUCACCACAGAAAGUUUAACACAAAAACCAAAACAUCUUGCAUUUAUUACUAAAGAAGAGUCCAUGAUUAAUUUUGCCAACUGCAAACAAAUGGUUGGUAUCAAUGACGUUCCAAAACAUCCAGUGGAAAUCUUGAAGACUGAUCUAGAAAGUGAGCGUCCAAGAGCCUUAUUACCACACUCAUUAUCACCAGAUAAUACUAAGAACAAAUAUAAAGAAGUUUCCCCAGUCAGUGUAAAACCAUACAAGUCUAAAGUUUCUAAUCAAUUAUCAAGAGCAAAAUAUGAUAAUAAGAUGGUCGCAAUGUUAAAUGACUCGUUAUCUGUCACGCUUGAUAAUAUCAAGAAAAUCGAGUUAGGACAAUUGCAUCCGCAAUCAGAAUUUAUGCAACGACCAUGCCUGGUUAGUAAGUGGGUUGAUUACUCUAACAAACAUGGGUUUGCAUAUCAAUUAUCCACCGGGUCUAUUGGAGUUUUGUUCACUGAAGGUCACACAGUUUUGAAGUUCCAUGAAGGAAAUGACAUAUACUUAAUUCAACCAGAUGAAACGAGUGGAUGGAAAGUCGAUCAAUUUGAAAGAGAACAGAUUCCGAACAGCUUAGCCAACGAGAUGCAAGUGAUUGAUUUUUUUGAUAAAUAUAUGACAGCUCAUUUAUCCGAUGUCUCAAAUGGAACAUCAAACAAUCAGAGUGGAGGGAUAUUUCUAAGAAGGUAUACUCGUGAUGACAACGGUAUAAUGUUUGAAUUGAGUAAUGGUAGCUAUCAAUUCAAUUUCAAAGACCAUCAUAAAAUAGUUAUUUCUGAUUAUGGGUAUAAUAUCACCCACAUUACGCCAAACAAAGAAAUAGAAACAUUGCCAUUAGAGUAUGUUCUGAAAAACCAAAAUUUUUAUGAAACGCCAGAUGAUUACUUCACAGUCAAAUUCAAUUUCAUGAAACAUGCCUUGAGAGAAAAGCUCUCAAUCUAG